AUGAAUGUUCCAAGAGGAGCCGAGAAGAAGGUUCUUGAGGAUCACUUCGAGGAUUACAUUAAACCAAAAGAGGGUAUUACCAAGAAAAAGGUCACUGAGCUGAUGAGUUUCAAUGACGAUGACCCACAGGAAGGUUUGGAACGAGGAGCAAAAAUGGUUGCCACUGCUAAAAUGGCCGUUGUGGGUUCUAUUGGUAACUAUUUUAAAAGGAAAUUAGAUGUUGGUGAUGAUGGAAGUAGUGAAGAAUCUUCUAAAAGAAAUAGCUCAAAUGAAGUUCCACAAAGACCACAACCUACCAUUGUGUCACCUACUCCCAUGGCUUCCAUUCCAACAACUAUUAAUAUGAAUGAUCUUCUUUCGGAUCCGGCGGAUAGACCAAAAAUUACAUCUUAUCAUCCAAAUCAAAAAGAUGAAAUAAGAAGGGCAUAUUGGAUUAAAGGACCAUGUCAACCAAGGGGUCAUACUUUUCCAUCAAAAAAGAUAGGUCCUAAGCUAAGAUGCUUUAUCGUUGAAUGGUUUGAUGAAUUUGAUUGGUUAGAGUAUAGCAUAAAGGAGGACAAAGCUUAUUGUUUAUGUUGCUACUUAUUUGGAGAUAUUGUAGGACAACAAGGUGGGAUAGAUGCAUUUGUGACGGAAGGAUUUAGCACUUGGAGUAAAAAGAAAUCGUUAUAUGCUCAUAGUAAUUAUGAAAUUCGAUUACGUGCUACAAUUGUCACUUGUAGAUUUUUGUUGGAAAAUAAGUUACCGUUUCGUGGCCAUGAUGAGUCGGAUGACUCCAUUUCCAAAGGGCUUUUCAUUAAAACAUUAUCUUUGAUUAGAGAACACAAUGAGAGUAUUUAUAAUGUUACCUUAGAAAAGGCUCCGAAGAACGAUAAAUUGACAUCUCCAAAGAUUCAAAAAGAUAUUGUUGAAUGUUUUUCAAAAGAAAUAAUAAAGUCCAUUUGUGAUGAAAUUGGAAAGGAUGUGUUUGCCAUAUUAGUUGACGAGUCUAGUGAUGUAUCUAAAAAGGAGCAAAUGGCUAUGGUUUUGAGAUAUGUUGAUAGACUUGGAGUUGUUAAGGAGAGAUUUAUUGGAGUUGUUCACGUGACGGAUACAUCUUCUUUGACUCUUAAAGCUGCCAUUGAUUCCGUAUUUACUGACAAUAAAUUAAGCAUGGCUCAGGUAAGAGGGCAAGGUUAUGAUGGAGCAAGUAAUAUGUGUGGUGAGUUUAACGGUUUGAAAGCAUUGAUCUUAAGAGAUAAUAAGUCAGCAUAUUAUGUACAUUGUUUUGCUCACCAACUUCAAUUAGUGAUCGUGGCGGUUGCAAAGAAUCAUGAUGGUGCUCAUGAAUUCUUUGAGCAAGUAGCUUUGGUGGUUAAUGUGGUUUGUGCUUCCUGCAAAAGAAAGGAUAUCAUACGAGAGAGCUACAAAAAGAGAUUGCAAAUGGAAAUUGGUAUUGGUGAAACUGAAACCGGAAGAGGGUUGAAUCAAGAGCUUUCUCUAAUUCGAGCAGGAGAUACAAGAUGGGGUUCCCAUUAUAAAACAAUCAUAAGUUUGAUGAAUUUGUUUCCUGAAGUUAUUGAGGUGCUUAAAUAUGUUGAAGAGGACGGCUCAACUUUAUCUAACCGAAAUCAAGCGUACGGUAUUUUAUCAUAUUUUAAAACACUUUAUUUUGUGUUUUAUUUACACUUGAUGUUGGAGAUUUUAGGUCUCACAGAUACCUUGUCAAGACAUCUUCAAAGAAAAGAUCAAGAUAUUUUGGAAGCGGCUUCAUUGGUAAGAGCAACAAAGAAAUCAUUGCAAACUUUAAGAAAUGACGGGUUUGGUUCAAUUUUAAAGAAAGUAUAUUCUUUUUAUCAAAAACAUAGCAUUGAAACUUUGGAUAUGUCAGAAUAUUAUGUUACUCCAAGAAACCGUAGGACCAAGAUUACUAAUCAGCAUCAUUUUGAGGUUGAGAUUUUUAACACGGUUUUGGAUAUGCAAAUUCAAGAAUUUGGGGAUCGAUUUAGUGAGGUAAGCACCGAAUUGCUAGAAAAUAUGGCGGCUUUAAGUCCUUCUGAUUCAUUUUCUAAGUUUGAUAAAUCAAAGUUGUUGAAGUUAAGUGAGAUGUACCCAGAUGAUUUUAGCGAUUCAGAAAGGACAUAUCUUCUUGGUCAACUUGAUAUCUACUAUCACUCUUUGCUACAUGAUGACAGAUUUGCUAACUUGAAUGGAAUUGCCGACCUUUCUCGCUUGAUGGUGGAAAUAGGGAAACAUCGUUCUUUUCCUUUGGUCUAUAGGUUAUUAAAGUUAGUUUUGGUUCUGCCGGUUGCAACUGCAACGGUUGAAAGAUGUUUUUCUGCAAUGAAGCUUUUAAAGACAGACUUGCGCAACAAAAUGAGUGACGAUUUUAUGAAUCAUGCCCUGAUUUGCGCAAUAGAAAAAGAAGCACUUUUAGAUGUUAAGAUUGAAAGUGUAAUCAAUCGCUUUCAAAAAAUGAAAACACGAAAAGGUCAACUUUAG